AUGGGUUCGAUGCCGAAUGGAGCUCAAUACGAUGUCAUUGUCGUAGGCAGUGGGUUUGGAGGCUUGUAUACUCUACAUGAACUCCGCCAGCGUAACUUCCGAACCCUCGUCAUCGAGGAAGCUCCAGAUAUCGGAGGCGUCUGGUAUUGGAAUAUCUAUCCUGGAGCUCGUGUGGACACCAAGGUCCCCCUCUACGAGUUUUCCAACGCCGCUCUCUGGAAAGACUGGACAUGGAGUGAGAAAUACCCCGGCAUUGAGGAAAUUCGUCGCUAUUUUGAACACGUCGAGUCCAGAUUGCACCUGAAAAAGGACAUACUCUUCAACACACGGGUGGUCGGCGCCGACUUUGACGAUACUAAAGGCCACUGGGUAGUCAAGACCAAGGACGGCAAAGAAAUAUCUGCCCAGUUUCUCGUCCUGGCAACCGGAUUUGCCGCGAAGCCAUUCAUACCCGAUUUCAAGAAUCUAGAAAAAUUUCAAGGCCCCUUUUUUCAUACCUCCCGCUGGCCUCAGGGUGGCAUCGAAUACACCGGUAAGAAGGUCGGCGUCGUUGGCAAUGGGUCGAGCGGUCUCCAGGUCAUCCAAGAGAUCAGCCCGUCGGUCAGCCACCUCAUCGUCUUCCAGCGCAACCCAACAUAUGCAUUGCCAAUGCGUCAGCGCACGCUGACAGUCGGCGAGCAAGACAAGUCUCGAUAUGAGGCGAUGUUUGAGCUUCGUAAACACACAUUUGCAGGCCUUGAUGCGGAAUUCAACUUCCAGACCGACACGACGCCGGAGCAGCGACGCGCGUUCUUUGAGAAGAUUUGGGACGAUGGGGGCCUCGCGUUCUGGUUGGCCACUUAUCGCGAUGUUAUAAUGGACAAGAAGAUCAACAAGGAAGCCUACGAUUUCUGGCGAAGCAAAACCCUUCCGCGCAUCACAGAUCCCGAAGUGGCGGCGAAGCUGGCCCCCGAGACGCCACCUUAUUACUUUGGUACCAAGAGAGCGACGUUGGAGCAACGUUACUACGAAGUCUACAACCAAGACAACGUUGAUCUCGUCGACGUAAAGGACAAUCCAAUUACGGACGUGAAGGAGAAUGGUGUCGUGACCAAGGAUGGGCAGUUUCAUGAGCUUGACAUACUCGUCCUCGCAACAGGAUUUGACUCAGUAACAGGAGGCAUUCUGAAUCUCAACAUCCGUGGCCGCUCUGGACAGUCGCUGCAGGAGAAAUGGAAAAAGGGAACUUGGACGCACCUGGGUCUGACUACACAUGGGUUUCCCAACAUGUUCUUCCUCUACGGACCGCAGGGUCCGACGUCUUUCUGCAAUGGGCCGACAUGUGCCGAGGUUCAGGGCGAUUGGAUUGUUCAGACCAUCACGCAUAUGCGAGAGACUGAUCACAAACAGCUCGAACCAACUCAACAAUCGGAGCAAGACUGGAGGGCACUGGUGAACGGCAUUGGUGCCGCCACCUUGCUGCCUGAAACAGCCUCAGAGUAUAUGGGCACAAACAUCCCAGGAAAGCCUAAGGAGAUGCUCAACUAUCUAGGAGGUCUGUCCGACUACAUCAAGCGUAUUUCCAGCACGGUGAUCGCUGGAUAUCCUGGCUUUGUUUUGAGCUGA